AUGUAUGGAAUAAACCAACGCUGUAUAUACAUAUCAUUUCAGUUUUUCAUGCUCUGGAGCCAUGCUAAGGGGGAGAAUCACCCGUCUCCUAAUUUUAACCAGUACGUGAGGACACAGGGCGCAGUGACGGACCAGGUCAGCCGCAGACAGGUCAGGAUUUACCAACUCUACAGCCGAACCAGUGCAAAACACGUCCAGAUUCAGGGCAAAAGGGUCACCGCCACAGCUGAGGAUGGCAAUGUCUACGCUCGCCUGUUUGUAGAAACAGAUACUUUUGGCAGCCGAGUCAGGAUAAAAGGUGCAGAAAGUGGACGGUACCUCUGUAUGAAUCGAAAGGGGAAACUUGUUGGAAAGCCCAGUGGUUAUAGCAGAGAUUGUAUCUUCACAGAGAUUGUACUGGAGAACAAUUAUACAGCUUUCCAGAAUGCCAAGUAUGAGAGCUGGUACGUUGCAUUUACAAGAAAAGGAAGACCCAUCAAGGCAUCCAAAACAAGAGAGAAUCAGAGGGAAGUCCAUUUUAUCAAAAGGCUACACACUGGUUCACCUCCCUUUCCAAAUGCUGACCAAAGCAAACAUUUUGAGUUCAUUCGAUUUCCAGCAAUUCGUCGCGCAAAAAGGAAUAAGACAUCACGUAAGUCGGCAGCAAAAAAAAAGUGA